AUGGAUGUAGGUCCAAGAGGGAUAUCCAAGUCCUGGCUGCUGCCCUGGCUCUUGGUGGGGAGGGAGACAAAGCAGCAGUCGGCACUGCUACUGCAAAGACAGCUGGCAGAACUCAACAAAAAUCCAGAGGAAGGCUUCUCAGCAGGUUUAAUAGACGACAAUGAUCUCUAUGGUUGGGAAGUCCUUGUUAUUUGUCCUCCAGAUACGUUUUGUGAAGGUGGUGUUUUUAAGGCUCAUCUCACUUUCCCAAAAGACUAUCUCCUCUGGCCUCCUAAAAUGAAAUUCAUUACAGAGGUUUGGCACCCAAAUGUUGAUAAAAAUGGUGAUGUUUGUAUUUCUAUUCUUCUCGAGCCUAGGGAGGAUAAAUAUGGUUAUGAGAAGCCAGAGGAACGCUGGCUGCCUAUCCAUCCUGUAGAAGCCAUCAUGAUUCGUGUCAUUUCUAUGCUGGCAGAUCCUAACGGAGACUCACCUGCACAUGUAGAUGCUGCGAACAAAUGGAGGGAAGACAGAAAUGGAGAAUUUCCAAAGCAAGUCGCCCACUGUGUAAGAAAAAGCCAAGACACUGCUUUUAAGUGA